AUGAAGCAAAGCUAUCUCUUUACCCUUUCGCUGGCUCUGGUCACUGUUACAGCAAGCCCUGUUCUCCGACACAAGCUAGUCCGCCGCGAAGUCCCACAAGAACAUUCGCACGAGCAGUUCCUGAGGACGGUGGGCAAGAGCUUACAGGAGGACAACCCAGACGACAUUGGAGAUCCCGUAUUCGCACUACUUGGCAAUGCCGCUGCAAAGAAAGGCCUAGGAAAGAUCAGCGACCCAGACUGUCUUCAGCAGGCUACUGCCGAUCAAGCUUUCACAAAUGCAAAGGCAGCUGAUGAUGUCGAUGGUAUGACCGCGGCACUAGUUUAUCGUGCUCUGGAGCGCAACUCUGCCUCUGUUGGCGCAACCAGCAAGGAAUGCACGAGCAUCAAGGCCAAAAACCCCGAAAUUGCAGCGCUCACUCAGCACCAGGAUCCCGCAUCGGACGGCGCAGCCAAAAAGAACAAGGAAGUCACCCUUGAACUGGCCAAGCAGAUUGCGUCCAUCGGAGGAGAUCCCCAAACGGCGCUCAAGGCUGGAACUUUCAAGCCCGGCAAGAAGGACGACCCGACUGCAGCUGGAAACAGCUGUGAUGAUGCGAACGACGCCGAAGGUUGCAUCUUCACGCAGGGCCUGCUCGUCGAAGACGCCACGCCCGACGAGAUUAAGGCUGCCGUUGCCGGCACCACCGGUACCUCUACGAGCGGCAACUCCGCAGCCUCCAACGGGACUAGCGUGGCAGCUGCUGGCGCCACACCCUCCGCGGCCUCCGUCGCGACUGGCUCGACCUCGACCUCGAACUCAAACUCGAACUCGAACUCGAAGGCUUCGUCAUCCAAACUCGACAUUGGCAGCGCUACCAACCCGACCAUCGAGUUCGGCCCCGGCUUCGACAACCGCAAGGAGGAUAGCUUCCAGCCGGCCGACAAAGACGAGUUUACCCACGGCUCCGCGACUGGUGUCGGCAUUGUCACGGAUUUCAUCUGCCAGCAACUCAGUGACAAGUUCAAGGCCAGUGACGUGGCCAUUGACGCCUGUAACCAGGGUGCCGAGGCGGCGAAAAACAAGGAGGGACAGGCGGCAGCUAAUGCGUUCAACUCGGCGCUGGGGUUCUGAAGGAACAGACGUGUAGUACAUAGUAUGAUGAUGGUUACAGUAUG